AUGGCGGAAGCAUACCAGAAAGAGUUCUUCAACGUCUCCUUCCCUGCGGAAUAUGUUGCGCAUGUUGAGAUUAAUCGGCCGGAGAAGCUGAAUGCUUUCAAAGAGGUCAUGUGGCUAAACCUCUCCACCAUCUUCCGCCAACUCUCCCACGACCCCUCCAUCCGCGCCGUCCUCCUAACCGGGUCCGGCGACCGCGCCUUCACCGCCGGCCUCGACGUACAAGCAGCCUCAGAAGGCGGCGCUUUAUCCUCCCAAACAGACACUCUGGACUCCGCGCGCAAAGCCAACGCGCUCCGCAGGCACAUCCUAGAAUUCCAAUCCUGCAUCACCGACAUCGAGAAAUGCGAGAAGCCCGUUAUCUGCGUGUUGCACGGCGUGUCCUUCGGUCUGGCGCUGGAUAUGUCACUAGCAUGUGAUAUCCGUGUGAGUACGACGACGACGAGGUUUAGUGUGAAGGAGGUGGAUAUAGGACUUGCGGCUGAUAUUGGUACUUUAUCUCGGCUUCCUCAUUCUGUUGGAAACCUGUCCUGGGUUAAGGACAUUGCGUUGUCUGCGAGGAUCUUUGGGUCGGAUGAGGCGUUGCAGCAUGGGCUUGUGUCGAAGGUGUACAGGGAUAAGCAGGAGGCGGUUGCGGAGGCGACCAAGUUGGCGACGUUGAUUGCGUCCAAGUCGCCUGUGGCGGUGCUGGGGACGAAGGAGAUUAUCAACUACUCCAGGGAUAGGCCGAUUAGUGAGGGCUUGAACUACACGGCUGUGUGGAAUGCGGCUAUGUUGCAGACCGCCGAUGUCAAGGAUGCCAUGAUGAGUGGGUUGAAGAAGACGAGCCCCAAGUUCAGCAAGCUGUAG